AUGCAUUUAAACAUUCUAUCUCUCUUCUCUAUUGCCGCGUUAGCCAUGUUAGCAUCCUCUGUUUAUGCUGUUGACGUUCCUGGUGCAGCUGAUGUAACCGCAAAUAUGGCUGCCGGCAUACCUGGCUGUGUCGCUAUUGACCAAUCCGAUGCAGUUGUGCCGUGUGUCGCUGAUGCAGUUAUUCCAAGUACUGAAUCAACUCUUCCCUUGAAGCGAUCAUUGAGACUAUCUAGAAGAAAGUUAAUAAGACGCCAUGGCUCUAACAAGCACACAGAGCAAGAAGUUGCGGACAAAAGCUUUAUUGCUGAAGAUGACACUGAUGUUUACUCCUCUACCUUUGAUGAUUCUGAUCUGUACGCCUCCACAGCAGAUGCUACGUUUGCUAAUGCUCCCGAUUUUAACGAAGAAGGAGAAACAAAUACUAGUGAAUUGAGUGCAGAAGAAGCUGGUGUGUACUCUGCUGCCGAUGAUGAAACCGCCGUUGCUGAAGAUACCGAAGCUGAUCUUUCUUCUGCCAUUAAUGAUACCACAGGAGAGCCUGCAUCAUUUGAUGAUGAUCAAGACCAAACUGUAGAUCAAAAUCUAGAUGUAGAUCAAGACCUCAAUUUGGAUCAAGACCAAGAUGUAGAUCAAGACUUGGACAUUGAUGAAGGUGAAGAAGAAGAUGAAGAAGAGCCUGAUGAAGAAGAGGAAGAAGAGGAUGAGGAAGAUGAAGAUGAAGAGGACGAAGACGAAGACGAAGACGAAGACGAAUAUGAUAACGAUGAAUAUGAUGAUGGCUACAGAGAUGGUUAUGCUGCUGCUUCCGUUGAGGGUUCUCAAGAGCCUGAUGAGACUGGCGAUGAAUAUGCAUCUGCUGCUGAUGAAAUUACUGUUCUCUGA